AUGUUGGCAUCUUCAUUAGGGCUGUUAUGGCGUGUCCGGCCCUGCAUAAUACUCAUUGCGCCAUGUCAUAAGGGUGAACCAUCAGCAACACAGAUUAACCAGUUAGUGACGUGGAUGUUGGAGCAUCCUUGUAUUGAUGCCAGUGAGACAAGUGAGAGGAGACGUUCUCAUGAAGACACUUCUACAUCUGCCGCCGCCGCCGCCGCUGCUGCUGCUGCUGCUGCCGCUGCUGCUGCUGCUGCUGCUUCAGGAGCAGCUGCUGUUGCUGCACAGUUGAUUGAUAGAGCUGAUAUUCAAGAUCUUAGCGGCAGACGAAGUAAUGCAGGAAUUCUUCGUAGAGGCUGUGUCGAUAUAAGAUCUUUUAUGGUGCCCACUAGACCUUCAG